AUGCUGUCGAGGCAUCUCAGGACCCACUUGGUCGUCGCACCGUCGACAUCGGUCGGCAAAAGCAUUUUCAGCACCGGUCUCGUACGCGCUUCUCUUGCCCUCGGGGAAAAGGUCGGAUAUCUCAAGCCAGUCGGGACGGGGAGCGGUGAUGGCGACGACGAGCUACAUCUCCAGCGAUUCGCUCCUCAGGCAAAGACGGCCUGUCUCUUCCAUUUCGACGAGCCAGUCUCGCCUCAUUUGGCUGUCGAGCGGUCAGCAGCAGGUCUGAGCAAGGCGGUGACAAAGGCGACAACGGACGCCGAGUUUGCGGCGGCGGUGGGAAAGUACGCUCGCUCGUUCGCGGAGGAAACGGCGGGCAAGCGGAGCAGCCUGUACAUCGAGACUGCAGGAGGCGUCCACUCUCCCACCCUGUCCGGCACUUCCCAGCUCGACGCUUUCCGACCACUUCUUCCUCCUACGCUCCUCGUCGCCUCCGCGGCUCUCGGCGGCAUCUCGACGACGAUCUCGGCGUACGAGUCACUGCUGCUGCGCGGCUACGACGUCGAUGCGGUCCUCGUCUUCCGGGAGGAGUAUUACGCAAACUACCAGUACUUCGAGAAAUGGUUCACGGAGCGGGGGAUCCGCGUUGGCGUCAUCGACCAGCCUCCAGAGCAGGUGACGAACGCCGCCGAGGACGCAGCGAACCUCGAAGCGUACUACAGCAAGUUGGCAGGCUCGCCCCUCCAGCGGAUCGUCCAGCGUCUCCAGCAAAUCCACCUCGACCGCAUGUCGAACCUCGCGACUGCACCACGACGAACACUCGACAAGGUCUGGUGGCCGUUCGUCCAGCACGGGCUCGUCCAGAACGAGUCGGACGUCAUGGUCAUCGACUCGGCUCACGGCGACCACUUUAGUGUCUUUGCGACCAGUUCGCCGCCCGUCGAGCCUCCUACGCCCACGUCCGAUCCUUCAACUGCGCCUGCUAUCUCCCCCUCUGAGCAGGCGACCUCGACCUCAGCCGCCACUCCCUCUUUACCUCCCGCUCAAUCCCCCGCCCACCCUCUUCUCUCUCCCGUCUUUGACGGCUCGGCCUCCUGGUGGACGCAGUGCCUUGGCCAUGCGAACCCAGAGCUGACGCUCGCCGCCGCCCACGCCUCCGGCCGCUUCGGGCACGUCAUGUUCCCUACCGCGACGAACCUUCCCGCCCUCGAACUGGCAGAGAAACUCCUCGCGACCGUCGGGGAGAGCUGGGCCGACCGCGUCUUCUUCUCGGACGACGGCAGCACGGGAAUGGAGGUUGCGCUCAAGAUGGCUCUGCGGGCGUACGCGGAUCGCGAGCGGCUGUCGCCUGCGGAAGGGCGGAGACUCGCUGUGCUUGGCCUGAAGGGGAGCUAUCACGGCGACACGAUCGGUGCGAUGGACGCUUGCGAGGGAGGUGUUUACAGCGAGCGGGUCGAGUGGUACGAGGGACGAGGGUAUUGGCUUGCGGCGCCCGAGGUGCGAAUCGAGCAGGGCAAGGUCGUGGUGCGCGGCAAGGGCGGACGGGCAACGUCGUACGACUCGCUCACGCAGCUGUACGACGUCGACCGGCGAGUACAGGAGGACGAGCUGGCGCAGACGUACCGCCAGGAGAUCGAGGGCGAGUUGCAGAAGCGGCUUGACAAGGGCGAUGGGAUCCGCUUUGGCGCCCUCGUUCUCGAGCCCGUCGUCAUGGGCGCCGGCGGCAUGAUCUUUGUCGACCCGCUCUACCAGCGCGUCCUGAUCGACGUUGUCCGGACGAACCGCCAGCUCUUCCCCGCCGCUUCUCCCGCGCCCUCCGACUCUGCGACGCUCGCCGCGACUGGCUCGAACCCCGUCUGGCAGGGUCUCCCAGUCAUCUUUGACGAGGUCUUUGUCGGCCUGCACCGACUCGGCCGCACGACCGCCUCGACCUUCCUCGGCUCGUCGACCAAGCCCGACAUCGCCUGCUACGCCAAGAUCCUCACGGGCGGACUCGUGCCGAUGGCCGUCACCCUCGCGAGCGACGCCAUCUUCCGCGCCUUCUGGAGCGACAAGAAGGUCGAUGCCCUCCUCCAUGGACACUCCUACACGGCGCACGCGGUCGGCUGCGGCGUCGCGAACAAGACGCUUGCGAUUCUAGACAGGAUGGAGAAGCAGGGCGUGUACGACGAGGCGAAGCAGGAUUGGGCGGCGGCUGCGGGAUCGUCGGCGGGAGGAAUGGUGUCGGGGGUCUGGUCGCUCUGGUCGUCGUCGUUCGUCGAGGCGGUCUCGUCGCAUCCGGCCGUCGACGGCGUCAUGGCGAUCGGUACAGUCCUCGCCAUCCACCUCAAAGCCGCCGACGGAUCAGGCUACCAGUCUACGGCGUCCGAAACCGUCCUCGCCCAACUGCGCUUCGGGACGCCCGUCGAUUCGGACCCCGCUGCGGCUGCGUCGCCUACUGGCGCGCCGUUUCACAUCCAUGCACGGCCACUCGGCAACGUCAUCUACUUCAUGAGCAGCUUGAACUCGAGCCCAGAGACGCUCAGGUCGGUCGAGGGGAGCAUCGUCGCCGCGUUGAAUGCCAAGGCCGGGGCUUCCUAG